GGUUCACACGGCUCCACCACGCCCGCAACCCUUCAACCCAACAAUAACAAAUCAUAUUCAAAAAUUGCAUAUAUAUGUAAUGGGAACUGUGGUGUUAUCCACAUGCAGCUCAGUGAUGCGUGGACAGUUGUAUGCGGUGGCUUCUGGCCUCUUGGCUGCGCUGGCAAGUCUCUGUGGCAAAUAUGCUAUGGCCAGUACAGAAGCUCAAGAUCUUUGUGAAAGUGUCCUUUUAAUGCUUCAUAAUGAGGAAGAAAUUACAAAUACAAACAAUGUCAUUACCAUAUGUGAUCAGUAUGCAGUGGUGCUGAGGAUAUUAUUCUUUGCCUUAAUGGUUGGUGUGAAUUGUAUCAUGUGGACGACUUUCACCAAAGCUCUUCGUUUUUCCUCUACUUCACUUGAAGCCACCAUCACCAAUACUGCUGCUAACUUCUUUUUUACGGCUAUUUUAGGCCAGGUGCUAUUUGGUGAGGUAGUAAGAAGUCUGUGGUGGUUGGGAAGUGUAUUGAUCAUCAGUGGUCUCUUACUGAUGCACCAUGCCACCAAUAUUCCUCCCCGCAAACCUGGCACCAGACCCAAAACCCACUAGACCUCAACUAUAGUGAGUCAGAUAUUAUUCUUCAACAUAAUCCUUUCUUCAUAUUGUCAUCAAAAUUCUUAAUAACAUAAGAUGGUUUGUUUGAGAUAUACUGUGUAAAGAAGUUCUGUUGUACACAGUACCUGUUUUCAGUAAUGUACUGUAUAUAGGGAAUAUUUUUAGUAAUAAGAUGCUAUAGUAUAUUCAGGAAAAUACGUCUUAAUUAUUUGAUUCACAUUGCUUGUCAGAAUGCUGAGGCUUUGAUGGCAGUUUGGGAGUGCAAAGAUACUCGCCAGGCCAGUAAAUAAUGUGUGCUUGCUCACUUCAUCCCUGCUCUAUAUUCACUGGGCAUUAUGACAGUUUCAGUACUAACACAGUAUUAUCAGUUUUGCUUGGUGUGUUAUAAUCAAAGAUAUGUCUGACAACCAUAAAAUUUCUUGUGAGUGGCUUGACAUUCUGCAUCAAAUAAAGUCUGUGUAUAAAAGUGUGUGGCAAGUUCAAAUGCAGAAAUUAUUGAAGGAACAUAAUGUAUUUUGUAUUGAUAUACUGUAUACAUGUAUAGGGAUUUGCCCAUUAAAAAUGAAUUUUGUUAAAGUUAUGUAUAUGCUACUUAAAUAAUUUAUGAAAUACCAAUUUAUUAAUUUUGAGUUUUUGUUUAAGAUUUUUAUAUGCCUGUGCAAUAUUACAUAAGCAAGUAAUUCAGGCAGGUUUUCAGGCUUCUCGCUGUCAGUACAGUUGCUGAGCUGCGUCAGCAGUAGUGUAUAGUUUUAUCAGUAACACAGUUUGCCAGUACCUAUUUGUCUAAAAGAUUUAUUAUUAUAAGUACUUUAUAAAAGCCUUUCAUAACUCAUCUUUCAGUGCUUAAAUUAUAUAUUAAUUAUUUAUUGGUUCUGAUUUAGCUUGAUUAAUUGGAAUAUGUAUUAUUGUUUUAAUAUUUUUCUAUGUAGAGGUUUCCUCUUGCUUUAUGAGGUAUCACUUAUGCAAACUUGUUUAUACAGUCAGAGCUCUUAUAAAGCUUCUGUAUAUAGUGUGUUUCUUCACAAAUGCAAUUGAAAAGGUGCUUCAGAAAUUUAUUUUAUUCAUAUUAUGAAGGCCUUUCAUGUUCUAUUCAGUUUUGGUGUAUUUUUUCAGUCUUUAAUAGAGGAUCUCUAUAAGAGAGCUGACUGUAUAUGGUGACCCUAUUUCUGCCAGUAAUUUACUGUGGGCAAUGUAAAUUUUCUCUAUGCUAUCACCUAAUCCCAGCUUCACUUGAUUAAAAGUGAACAUAAGAGAAAACAAGGUGAUGAGGGUAACAUAUGAUUUAGGUAAUGAAAUAUUGGAUAUCAGAUUGGAAGCAGGAAAUAUGGAGGAAGUAAGGAGUGGAUUUGUUGAUAGAUGGGUCUAUGAAAGACAAAGUGAUCCAUAGAAGUGAUGCAGGGAAAAAUGUGGGUGGAUCACUGAAGCAUCUGUAAAGACAAAGAGGCAAAAAAGAGGAAUGUAUGAGAGUAUAGUGGUACCAACACUCUUAUAUAGGUGUGAAGCAUAGGUUGUGAAUGUUGCAGCAAGGAGGAGGUUGGAGGCGGUGAUGUCGUGUCUGAGGGCAGUGUGUGGUGUGAAUAUUAUGCAGAGAAUUUAGCAGAGGGACUGUUGAGGUAGUUUAGACUUUUAGAGAGGAUGGAACAAAAUAAGAUAACUUGGAGGGUGUAUAAAUCUGUAGUGGAGGGAAGGCAGGGUAGGGGGUCAUCCUAGGAAAGGUUGGAGGGAGGGGGUAAAGAAGGUUAUCAGGAAAUGGUAUGGUGAUACCGACAAGAUGUGGAAAAAGACACUUAUGUACAGUUCAGGACAUUUAUUAGAGGAGACGUUUCGCCACGAGUGGCUUCUUCAGUCCUAAUACAGAGAAAACUAAGAAAACGUAUAUAUAUAGUGGCAGGAGUCAGGUGAGGUGACGCGUGGGUAGAGGUGGUAGUAGUAGUAGUAGUGGAACUAAGGAGGUGAUACUAGAGAGGGACCUGCUGGCAUCAUGUAACACCAGUUCCCAGGAUGGGUAAUAUCCUCUUGCUUAGUAAUUUUGAAAUACAGAAGCCACUCGUGGUGAAAUGUCUCCUCUAAUAAAUGUCCUGAACUGUACAUAAGUGUCUUUUUCCACAAAGAAGGUUAUGUGUGUGAGGGGCUUAGAUAUCCAGCAGUUGUGUGUGACAGUAUUAGAUAGGAGUGAGUGGAGGCAAAUGAGUUUUGGGACUUGACAAGCUGUUGGAGUGUGAGCAAGGUAACAUUUGUGAAGGGAUUCAGGAAAAACGGUUAACCAGACUUGAAUCUUGGAGGUGGGAAGUACAGUGGCUUUACUCUGAAAGAGGGCUGGGGAUAUUUGAAGUAUGGAGGGCAUCUGAACUGUAGUGUUGGCAUGCUUCUGGCAAGACAGUGAUAAAGUAAAUGAUGGUAAAAAUGUUUCUUUUUUUUUGGGGGGGGUCACCCUACCUUGGUGGGAGAUGGCCGGUGUGUUAAAAAAGAAUUUUACAUUGGUUUAUAUUGACACAUGAAAGAAAACAGAUUUAAAUUUGGGAAAUCCAAUGAGCAUAUAUUAAAUGAAAUCCUUUGGAUGGUUUUUCCUAUGGCCGAUUCAUUUUCACAAGAAAAUUAGUGGAUGGCCGCAUGAAGUUGAGUUGCACCGACACAGAGUUGGGCCUUAGGGUGGAGGGAGGGAGGAUUAUUAUUAUUAUUAUAAUCAUGGAGGAGUGCUAAACCUGUAGGGAUUAUACAGCACCUGUGGGGGGGUGUAAGGUAUUCAGGCUCAAUUCAGGGAACUGGAUUCCCUAGAUUAAGAGCCCCUCACCAGUGUCAAGGAACCGCCCCUGAGGGGAGAGGAAGGGAGGAAAGAGUGGUAGGGAGAUAUGAGGCCACAGGUUCAUAAUAUGGGCCAGUUCAGUCCAGACAAGUUGGUUGGUUGGUUGGUUCAGACAGGUUGGUUGAUUGGUGGUGGAGAGAGGCUGAAAUGGAGGGAGUAUUUUAAUUUAAUUUUUUAUUGAAUUUUUUCUUAUUUUUGUAACUAAUUGCAGUUUUUUUAUGUGACUCUUUGGUACCAGCUUGGUAUCCUCAUAAUUGUUUGAUUAAAAUAAGUAAAGAGAUAUAGAUUUUUCCAAGUUUAUAUUGUAUAGGGAUUACAAUUGAAUUUUGUUUUUUCUUAUUUCUUUGACUAAAUUUGUUUCUUUGUAUAUUAUCAUUUGGUGCAUGUGUGGUAAACUUAUAUUUUUUUUUUAUAAACAUAGAUCAAGUAAUGUGGAAUUUGCAGAGUUUCAGAAAGAAUCCUGUUUUUCAUAUAGCGUAUUAUAAUGUGUUUGCUUUAUGUGAAUUUGCUCUAUGCCAUGUGCCAGGAAUGCAUGUAUUGCAUACAGUGAGGGAUACCCAUACAUAUACAGAGAUCACUUAUGGCCCAUAUAGAGCCAAUAAAGCAUUUAAAUUACUGGUAUCACUUUGGAGUUCUGAAUUUGUACUCACUGGAGUGGAGGAGAGAGAUGCAUGAUAAUGUAUGUGUGGAAUGUACUUGAGGGACUAGAUCCAAAUCUGCACACUGCCAUAACAAUAUACUAGGUUGAGAAGUAUGAAAGAUAAUGUAAAAUAAACCCAGUGAUAAUCAGGGGUGCCAUAGAUAUGUUAAGAUAACAUUAUAUGAAGAUCUGUAGGCUCAGACUAUUUAACAUGUUGCCAGUAAGUACUGGGGACACUGCCAGAACAAAUGUAGAAUUCUUCAAGAAGAAAUUUGGCAAGUUCCUCCACAAAGUGACAGGUGAACUAGGUUGUGAUGGAUAUGUAGGCCAGUGGGCCACCAGCAGCAACAGUGUGGUUGACCAGGCAAGCACCUGACAAGCUGGCCUAGGGUUGGGUUGUGGGAGUAAAAAAAUCUGAAAACCCAUCAAAGGUAUAUCCAAGAUGUACAGUGUGGGGGAUUAUUUUCCUGAAAAUUGGCACCUUAUGAAAAAUGGUUUUAUGUGAAGUGAAGAACAUAUGGGAAAAAUAGAGUUAUAUUCCAGGUACCUCCAAGUUUGCCAUUGAGCAAAUCUACCUCAUAUUGUUAGUCAUUACUUGAACUGUUUGAAGAGUGUUGCCUACUGGACUGAGUUCAGUGUAACAAGGUUUAUCAGCUGACACACACAGUACAUACAUAUCAGCAUCAUAAAAAUACAAGAAACAUUUCCUUGUGAAAUUGUACCAAAUGUAUAGAAACUCAUCACUUGUACCAAACAUACAUAUAUUAAAGAUAAUUGCAUUUGACGAGGUAAUAGCCAAGAAAAUACAAAUGAUGCGUAAAAUGUGGGAGGCUGUGCCUGGAAGAUGUGGAGAGAGCUGUAGACUUUGGCUUUGGCUGCUAGCAAUAAGAAGAGAAAGUAGUUAUGAUAGUUGGCUACACUACCUGUGUGGCUAAUCUGAGGGCAGAGUUAGCAGAGAAAUAGCAUGCCUCCACCUUGUCUCAAAAUAUAACUAUUAUCUUGAUAAUAUAACAGAGACAGCAGUUGGCAGGAGACUUGCCCAUAUAUCUUUCCUCAUUUUAUUAGCUAAAUAAACACUACUUUACCUUUCUUAGUCUGCUUUGGGGAAUCUCUUGAAAUAUGUCCCUACCCUCUCCCCAAGGAUACCCACCGCCCAGCCCAUCCCACCUACCAGCCACCCCACCACCAGCUGCACAUAAUAAAUACACCAUCCACCACAUACACCUGUUUUAAAAGUAAUCAUGGGCAAGUAUAAAGGCUGUUGUAUAUGUGAAAAAAUCUUUGGGAGAAACAUGAGGGGCAUUGAUUGUGAAAUAUGCGGUAAAACAUCACAUAUAUCAUGUACAAAGCUUCAUGCAGCCAUGACAAAUGACCAAAAACAAGAAAGUUGUAUCUGGAUUUGCCCCAGUGAAAGGGACAGCUAGUUAAGCAUAAGAAAGGUACUGAAAAGUGAAAACCUAGAAAGCGUAAGGAAGUUUCUAAGGGGUGGAAAACAGGGGAAAGGGAACAAGAAAAGGAGGAAAACCAAGGUGAAAACCAAGGAGUGAAAGUAAGAGCAAGAGUAGAAAACGUCAUACAGAGCAAGUCGGACAAGGAAACAGGAAUACAUAACAUAGCGGAAAGGGGAAGGGAGGAUGAGAAAACUAGAAAAGGAACAAACGAAAAUGAGCAAAGGGAAGAAAUUAGCCUAGAAGAAAGUGAACAAGGGAACUCAGAUCAGGUGGCAGAACUUAGGAACGACACAGAAUCAAUAAAUAUAAGUAGUCAGAACAUUUGCAGUUACUAUGCUAAAGGUAUGUGCCUAUAUGGCAGAGAUUGUUGGAAUAAACACACCAGAAAAUGUGCGAACAUGUUGAGGAAGGCAAAGUGUCGUUUCAACAAAGAGUGCAGCAAGUACUUCCAUCCAGUAAUGUGUAAAGCUUCAAUGCAGUCCAGAGAAUGUUAUGACCUGAGCUGCCCAGACCAUCAUGUAAAAGGAACGCGGUGCUACAGAGCUAGCAGAGAAAGGGAAAUUGAACAGCAUUCUUUUUUAGACAAAAAGAGAAAAGAUCAAAACAAAGGAAGAGACAAACAGGGGGAAUGGUAUAGAGAGGACAGGUGGGCAGUAAAAUGGGGCGUACGAAACCAGGCAUCAGCCCGUCAAGGCCGAAUAAGCAAAGAAACGUGAAGCCAGUACUGGAGAAACCAGGGGAGUGUACACCAGGGGACAUACCAGGUAAUACACCACUAGUGGUACUAAUGAAACACAGAGCGAGACAAAACAUCCCACUUGGUAAUUCCUGCUUCAUAUUUGCAAAUAUACAGGGUUUGAAAUCAAAUAAAAAUGACAAAGUUAGUUAUGUCAGUGGGCUCCUGACAGAAGUGAAUGCCAUAUUCGGAGCAUUUACAGAAACACAUACAAGGGAUGUUUUGGACAGAGAGAUAAAGAUAGAAAACUACAACACGUAUAGAUGUGAUAGAAUCAAUAGGUCACAGGGAGGAGUAGGAAUCUAUGUAAAGGAUACUUUCUGUUGCACAUAAGUGCUGAAUUCUAUGAAUGAUAUAAAUAAUAAGAAAAGGUACAAUACCGUGACUGGAACGAUACACAAAUAACCCCCACAUAAAAGAGAGAAGCUUACGACGACGUUUCGGUCCGACUUGGACCAUUGACAAAGUCACACUAACCAGAAGUGGAGCAGGACGGCUAUAUAUAGGCAGGAAGAGGUGGUGGUAGUAGUAGUAGUAGUAGUACAAGAAUGGUACGUAAUACAGACAAGGUGAAAUUAAGAAUCAUGCGCAACACCCGGGCAUCCCCAUCGUAGACAUUUCGCCAUCCAGCCAGCCACUGGAUGGCGAAACGUCCACAACAAAGACAACCAGACGCCGCACAUAUGUCUUAAUUUCAUCAGUAGUUGUAGUAGCAGUAGUAGUAGAAGAGGUAGUAGUAGUGGUAGUGGUAGAAGUGGGAAAUAAGGAGGACGAGCCAGUCAAUUACAAAGGAAGGGGAGCACUGCAAGAGAGCUAGGUGACCACUGAGGGAGAGCAACCGCAUCAAGGAGUGAUAGCGCACAAAAUGAAGGCCAUGGGCAUUACGGGGAAGGUAGGCAGAUAAAUUUUCGGUUUCCUAACACACACAACACAAAAAGUAGUAGUGAACAGGGCAAGAUCCAGCAUCAGCGAGGUCAAAAGCUCAGUGCCCCAAGGCACUGUCCUGGCACCUCUGCUGUUCCUCAUCCUCAUAGCAGACAUAGACAAAAACACCCGGUACACUUUUGUAUCAUCAUUUGCAAAUGACACUAAAAUAAGCAUGAAAAUCAGUACUGUAGAGGACACUGAAAAAGUACAGGAAGACAUAAACAGGGUUUUCCAAUGGGCAGUGGAAAACAACAUGACAUUCAAUAGUGAUAAGUUCCAGCUGCUUAGGUAUGGAAAGAAUGAAGAGGGUCACCAAAUAGAACGUAAGGAACACGUAAAAGACCUAGUAAUAAUUAUGUCAGUGGACCUUUCUUUUAAAGACCAUAACAAGACAAAGAUCACGACAGCCAGGGAGAUGACUGGGUGGGUAUUGAGAACUUUCAAACAAGGGGAAAGAAUGCCGAUGGUGACACUUCAAAUCGCUAGUGCUCCCUCACUUAGAAUAUUGCUCAGUGCUGACGGCCCCGUUCAGGGCAGGAGAAAUAUCGGAGCUGGAACAAAUACAGAAAUCGUUUACGGCUCACAUUGAGCCAGUAAAGCACCUAAACUACUGGGAACGCCUGCAAGUCUUGAACAUGUACUCAUUGGAGUGGAGGAGAGAGAGGUACAUGAUAAUAUAUACCUGGAAGGUACUCGAGUUCCUGGUCCCAAAUCUGCACACUGCCAUAACAACAUACUGGAGUGAGAGAUAUGGGAGGAAGUGUAAAAUAAACCCAGUGAGGAGCAGGGGUGCAGUGGGGACAAUAAGGGAACACUGUAUCAACAUCCGGGGUCCCAGACUUUUCAACAUCUUACCAGAAGAUAUCAGAAACACUGCUGGAACAAGUGUUGAAGCCUUCAAGAGGAAACUAGACAAGUAUCUUCACCAGGUGCCAGAUCAACCAGGCUGUGAUGGAUAUGUGGGGUAGCGGGCCUCCAGCAGCGACAGCCUGGUUGACCAGGCGAGCACCAGAUGAGCCGGGCUCAGAGAGUAGAUAUACUCUCGAAAUUCUUCAAAGGCAUAUCAAAGGUGGAUAGUUAUCUGAUGUAAUGGCUGCUUCUCAGUGAAUACAUACUGACUUCCACUUCAACUUUUAUGUAGUCACUCUUUGUUAUCAAUCUCCAACAUGUUCAACAACUGUAGAAAUACAUCUAGAGUAGAUAUGAAACUUGAAAGGCAUGGGAAUAUGUAAUUAAUGCACUAAUGAGGGGAGAGGCUUUCCUGGUAAUAUUGAUUAUCCAUUAAAUUUGAAUGGUGAGAUUCUUUUUCCUUGAUCAUAGGAAAAACUGACAAUUCUGGAUUAAAAAAGGACUUUUUCUGUUUGCUUCAAAAUCAAUUCACCAGGCAGACCAUAACUUAUUUCUGGACAACAGAUUUUUUAAGUUAAAUCCAAACUCCCUUAAGUUGAGGUUUGUUAACCCCUUCAGGGUCCGAGGCCAAAAUCUGAAGUGUCCAAGAAUUUAAAAAAAAAAAAAUUGUUAUUUUUUCUUAUGAAAUGGUAGAGAAUCUUUUCGUGAAGGUAAUAAAUCAAAAAGUACGAAAUUUGAUGGAAAAUUGACGAAAUUAUGCUCUCGCAAAUUUUGAUGUGUCAGUGAUAUUUACGAUUCGGCGAUUUUGCCGACUUUGACUCCCAUUUUAGGCCAAUUACAUUAUUCCAGUCAACCAAAUUCUUAGCUGUUUCACUAGUAUUACUUCUAUUCUAUCGAUUGAGCACAAGAAAUCGCCAAGUCAACUGUUUCAACUACAAAAUAAAGUGAUCGGAAAUUGGUAAUUUGGCCAAUUUAACACAAAGUUCAAAAUAUUCCAAUUUCAAAAUAGGGUCCAAAAUAAAUAAUGUAGGUAUUCCUGGCACUAAAUGAACAUUUCCUCUGUUCAUUAGUUACAUUUUGAGGCUUUACAAAUAAAUUCCAUUUUGAUUUUUUAUUCACAUAAUGAAUUUUUAUUCACACCAAAAAAUAGAAGAUUUACUGUUAUGCAAUAUUGUAAUAAUUGUAUAAAUAUCAUCACCAUAUUUGUGAAUGUAUAUUAGACCCACCAGUGUGAGGUUGUUUGUUUACUCUUGAACAUCGGCAAAAUUUAACAUUUCUGCUACUUUGAGCUUAGUUUCAAGCCAUUUCUAGUACUAAAACCAAUCAAAAUCAUCUCUAUUUCUGUAAUAUGUCUUCCAUUCUAUCAAAUGAGACCAAGAAAUCGCAAAUACAACUAUAAAAAAACAUACGAAAAAGCACUGCAAAGUCGCUGUUAUAAUCGAAAAUCAUGGCCUCAGUUUUUUUUCUCUCAUUAUACACAGUGUGCUGCAGGAUUUGUUUUAUGUGGUGCACACAUACCACAUAGAUGUAUUCUCUCAUAUCUAGGCCUAAAUGUACCACUCACAGUUUAUCAGAGUGAGCUGAGCUCAUGGCGUAGAUCUACGGUUUGGACCCUGAACGUAAAGCCGUAGAUCUAUGGGAUGGACCCUGAAAGGGUUAAAUCAAAGUAUUACUAAUUAUGAUAAUAUAAUACAAUACAGACUAUUGGAGGGAAGAGGUAAAGGAAAUUUUGUGGGCAAGGGGCUUGGACUUCCAGUAAACGUGCGUGAGUGUGUUAGGAGUGAAUGGAGACGAAUGGUUUUUGGGACCUGAUGAUCUGUUGGAGUGUGAGCAGGGUACUAUUUUGUGAAGGGAUUCAGGGAAACCAUUUAGCCAGGCUUGAGUCCUGGAAAUGGGAAGUGCAAUGCCUGCACUUUAAAGUUUUUUCUUUCUUUUUGGGUUGCCCUGCCUCAGUGGGAAAUGGCGGAUGUGUUAAACAAACAAACAAACGAAAACAGACCAUUUAUAGAUUUUUGGUAUUAAUGCACUAAAUAUUCUCUUCAAAUUUUUUAUGCUUUUUUAUAGUAAAGGCAUUCACAGGUUAUAUUAAUUUUGGAAAACAUUAGUUAUGUAAGAAAAAUGCUCUCUAGUGGAAAUGACUUGCUCGUGUUUAACAAAACUGGUGAGAGGCUGUAUGGGUACUGUCUGUGGCCAAGCAGAGUGAUUGAGAAAAUCUACAGAGCACACUAUUCAAAUUUUGCACAUUACUUAACUUUUUUUUAGAGCUACAUCAUGCACAUGAUUGCACUUUUUCAUUUGCAAAUUACAAGUUCACACUUUGAGGUCACUGUGUAAGUGUUUUUUUUUGUGUAUACAAUAGACUAUUAGUUAAAGUGUGAGCUGUUAGCACUUUCGCUUUAACAUGGUUGCAAAAUUGUCUCAUAUUUUUUAUACACCAUAUUAAGGAGUUAACAUGGUAGGGUACAUGUAGGGAAAAAAUGUGGCACAUACCAGGUCCUUUUCCCUCUGUCUCACCGUUUGUCUACAAGUGAGUAUAUUGGCUUACGGGGGAGGCCUACAGAAUGUACACAACCUUCUUUUGCCUCUGUGCUCUGUUUGUACAUGUCCAGCACCAUACUUGGCUUGUAUUAAUGAAUUGGUUUUUUAAUCUUUUCAAUGUCCUUUCUUGUCUCUGGAUAGUAACCAUGGCACCUAAAAGGAGUGACCCUUGAAGCACAAAAAAAAGCAUAACUAAAAGUCUUGUUGUUAUGAAGAAAAUUGACAUUCGAGAUAAACUUAAAAGUGGUGCACAUGUGGUGGAGACUAUGAGUCUGUGGUCUGACUGAGGCAUCAGUUCACACAAUUAAAAAGAAUGAGGUGAAGAUACAAGCUUGUGCAGUUAGUAAGCCAGGUUGUGAACUGAAAUGGACAAAUAGGUCACAGCAGCUCAAUAAAACAGUAAAAUUAUUGAGUGAGUGAAAAAUCAAGAAAGUUGCAUCACUUAAUUGUGUUUUAGUAUAGGAAAAAGACUUAGAGUACUAUAAAACAACAUGAAUAAGGAAGGAAGGCCUGAACAAGAGUACUUGCUUAGCACUGGCUGGUUCCACAAGUUCAAAGUGCAUAGCCUCUUGCACAAUAUAUUUUCUGGUGAAAGUGCUUCUGCUGAGGAAGCAAUUUUCCUCCUGAAUUACAGGAAAUUAUUUCUUAGGGUUGCUGUGAGCCACAGCAAAUGUUAAAUGCUAAUGAAACAAGUCUUCGUUAAAAGAAAAUGCCAGCAAAAACUUACAUCAGUCAGCAAGAAACAAGUGCACCAGGAUUCAAGGUAGCAAAGGAUCACUUCAGCUCACUACAUUGUGGUAAUGCACCAGAUGAUGGUUAUUUACCACUCCAAGACUCGCAAUGCUUUGAAAGGUGAAGAUAAAAAAAACCUUAUCAGUUACUUUGGAGGUCAAACCAGUCAGCAUGGAUGACAGAGGAAUUAUUUAUUGACUGGUUUAGUUAUCACUUUAUUCCUGAAGUUAUGUUUUAGGUGUGCAGCUUGGACAUCCAGCAGGCUUGUGUGAGUAUUAGACUGGAAUGAAUGGAGGCAAGUUGUUUUUAAUGGACAUGGUGUUGGAGUGUGAGCUUGGUAACUUUCAUGAAGGGAUUCGUGGAAACCAGUUAGCUAAAUCUGAGUCUUGGAAGUGCAAAUGGUAGUGUCUGCACUCUGAAGGAUUAUUAUGUUAUUCAUGGGGAAGUGCUGAACCCCUAGGGGUCAUAAAGCACCUGUGGAAAUGGAAAGCAUUCAGUCUCAGUUAAAAAAAUUGGAUCACAGGUUCAAUUUCCUGGAUCAAGAGCCCCUCACCAGCAUCAAGGAACCUUCCUUGAGGGGUCACUCUGAAGGAGGAAUGGGGAUGUUACAUUUGGAGGGUAAUCUGAUUAUGAUGUCGGCACACUUUGAAACUACAGUGGUUGAAUGAAUGACAGUGAAUGCAUUUUCUUUCUGGGUCACCUUGCCUUGGCAGGAGAUGCACCCCUUUAACACCCCCCACCUCCCCCACACACAGCACCAGUAUGGAACCCACACCUGGUCAAGCACCUCAAGAAAAUAGAGAAAGUGCAAUAGUUUGCAAAAAGACUAGUCCCAGAGCUAAGGGGUAUGUCUUAUUAGGAGAAGUUGAAAGAUAAAGACGGUAAAGGUUACAAUGUGUAAUUACAAUUUUGAUUUGUUAAGUACAAAGAAAGUGACACUGGAGGACAGCAGGGAUGAAGGGAUGUGGUAAUGACAUAAAAUACUGGGAGGAAUUGACAAAGUGAGCAGGGACAGAAUGUUUCAGAGAUGGGAUACAGGAACAAGGAGACACAACUGGAAGUUGAAAACUCAGAUGAGUCAUAGGGAUGUUAGGAAGUAUUUCUUCAGCCUUAGAAUUGUCAGGAAGUGGAAUUGUGGUUGCAGGGGUCGAUUCACAGCUCCUGGCCCCACCUCUUCACUUGUCACUACUAGGUUCACACUCUCACUGCUCCAUGAGCCUUAUCAUACCUCUUCUUAAAGCUAUGUAUGGAUCCUGCCUCCACUACAUCACUUUCCAGACUAUUCCACUUCCUGACAACUCUAUGACUGAAGAAAUACUUCUUGAUAUCCCUGUAACUCAUCUGAGUUUUCAACUUCUAGUUGUGACCCCUUGUUGUUGUGUUACAUCUCUGGAACAUUCUGUCUCUGUCCACCUUGUCAAUUCCUUACAGUAUUGUAUAUGUCAUUAUCAUGUCCCCCCUCCCCCAUCCCUCCUGAUCUCCAGUGUCAUCAGGUUGAUUUUUCUUGACUUCUCGUCAUAGGACAUGCCCCUUAGCUCUGGGACUAGUCUCAUUGCAAACCUUAGCAUUUUCUCUAAUUUCUGUAUGUAUGUACUCACCUAAUUGUGGCUGCAGGGGUUGAUUCACAGCUCCUGGCUCUGCCAGGAGCUGUGUUUGUGUGUGUGUGUAUAUAUAUAUACAGUGGACCCUCAGGUAACGAUGACAUUGGCUAGCGAUAAAAUCGGAUAGCGAUGCGUUUUAGCAUAAAAAUAUUGGCUCGGCCAAUGAUGAAAAACCCGGUUAAGGACAAUCGUCCCGAAUGCGUCCGCCUGUCCGUCCGGCCUGAGCGCGCCUCAGCUGCCCUGCCUUCAGGUAGUGUGCCAUUGUUUAUAAGCCACUGCAGAUGGUUCCACGCAUACAUUCGAUGCAUUUUGUAUUAUUCAAUUGUUUUUAGUGCUUGUAACUGCUAAAUAAGCCACCACAGGCCUCAAGAAAGCUUCUAGUGCCAACCCUGUGGUAAAAAGGGUGAGGUGUACAAUCAAAUUGAAGAAAGAGAUAAUUGCAAAGUAUGAGAGCGGAGUGCAUGGCUCCAAGCUGGCCCGGUUGUACAACAAACCCCAAUCAACCAUCGUUACUAUCUUGGCCAACAGAAAGGCAAUCAAGGAAGCUGUUGUUGCAAAAGGUGCAGGUAUGCUUACAAAACAGAGAUCGCAAAUACUCAAAGAUGUGGAGAGACUGUUAUUGGUGUGGAUCAAUGACAAACAGUUAUCAGGAGAUAGUGUUUCAGUCAAUCAUAUGUGAAAAGCCAAGGCAGUUGCAUGCGGAUCUCAUUAAGAAAAUGCCUGGAACCAGUGCUGAUGUUAGUGAUUUUAAGGCCAGCAAAGGUUGGUUUUAGAGAUUUAAGAAUCGUAGUGGCAUACGCAGUGUGAUAAAGCAUGGUGAGGCUGCCAGUUGUGACCAAAAAGUGGCUGAAAAAUAUGUGCAGGAAUUCAAGGAGUACAUAGACACUGAAAAAUUAAAACCCCAACAAAUGUUUAAUUGUGAUGAAACAGGCCUGUUUUGGAAGAAAAUGCCAAACAGGACCUACAUUACACAGGAGGAAAAAGCACUGCCAGGACAGAAGCCUAUGAAAGACAGGCUUACUCUAAUGUUUUGUAGUAAUGCUAGUGGGGAUUGCAAAGUGAAGCCUUUACUCGUGUAUCACUCUGAAACUCCCAGAGUGUUCAAGAAAAACAAUGUCGUCAAGGCUAAUUUGUGUGUGAUGUGGAAGGCAAACAGUAAGGCAGGGGUCACUAAGGACAUUUUCCAUGAUUGGUUCUAUCAUGUGUUUGGCCCCACUGUGAAAAAAUACCUCCUGGAAAAUAAAUUGGACCUCAAGUGCCUCCUAGUAUUAGACAGUGCUCCUGCUCAUCUUCCAGACUUGCCAGAGCGAAUUGCGGGGGAGUUGAGCUUCAUCAAAGUGAAGUUUUUGCCUCCUAAUACUACUCCUCUCCUCCAGCCCAUGAAACGGCAGGUCAUUUCCAAUUUCAAAAAACUGUACACCAAAGCAGUGUUUCAAAAGUGCUUUGAAGUGACCUCAGACACUGAAUUGACCCUGAGAGUUUUGGAAAGAUCACUUUAGUAUCCUCAGUUGCAUAAACCUUAUAGGUAAGGCUUGAGAUGGAGUGACUUGCAGGACUUUGAACUCUGCUUGGAGGAAAUUGUGGCCACAAUGUGUACAAGAGAGGGAUUUUGAAGGGUUUGGGGCUAACCCUCAGGUGCCUAUACCAGUUGUGGAAUCUAUUGUGUCAUUGGGGAAGUCCAUGGGGUUGGAGGUUAGUGGGGAGGAUGUGGAAGAGUUGGUGGAGGAUGACGAUGAAGAACUAACCACUGAUGAGCUGCAAGAGCAUCUGCAACAGCAAGAGACCACAACUGAGGAAAUUGCUUCAGAGGGGACAGAGAGAUGGAGGAAGUUGCUUUCUUCAAUGAUUAAGGACAUUUGUACAAUGUGGACAAAGGUGCAAGCCUUUAUGGAAGAACAUCACCCUGACACAGCUAUUGUAAGCCAUGCUGGUGACUUUUACAAUGACAAUGUUGUGGCCCAUUUUAGGAAAAUCUUAAAGGAACCCCAGAUACAAAGCUUUAUGGGCAGAUUUUUAGUGUGACAGAGGUCCAGUGACUCAAGUUGUUCCCAGUGGCAUUAAAAAAAGAAGGGAAGUAACCCUGGAAAAGGACUUGGUACCUAAAGUCCUUAUGGAAGGGGAUUCCCCUUCCAAACAAUAAUACACCUCCAUCAUCUCCCCUCCUUCCAUCUCAUCACUCAUCAAUAAAUCUUCAAUAAAGGUAAGUGUCAUUUAUUCUUCCUGUAGUAUUUAUUCUUCAUGUAUCAUUUUUUUCUGUGUAGGAAAUUGUAUAAUUCAUGUGAAAAAUUUUUUUUUUAAUACUUUUGGGUGUCUGGAAUGGAUUAAUUGGAUUUCCAUUAUUUCUUAGGGGGAAAAUUAAAAUUGGUUAAGGAGAAGCUCUCUGGAACGGAUUAAAAUCAUUACCCGAGGGUCCGCUGUAUAUAUGUAUGUAUAUAUAUAUAUAUAUAUAUAUAUAUAUAUAUACAUGUACAGUGGAACCUCAAAUAUCGAACUGCUCCUAACUCAACCAAUUAUGUAAGUGUAUUUUUGUAAGUGCUUUUAUAAGUGUAUUUUUGAGGGUCUGAAAUGAACUAAUCUAAUUUACAUUAUUUCUGAUGGGAAUAAAUUAGUUUGGUAAUGGCACUCGAACAGCCGUCUGGAACAAAGAAAGUUCGACAUUUGAGGUUCCACUGUA